GACUGGGGAAAGGGAGGUGUUGGGCAGGGAAGUGUCGGAGGUGAAAGGGCUAGGGGAGGAGAAACAGCUGCAAAAGUCCAACCCUAGGGUUGCCCUGCCCCACAACUCCUUUGAGAACUGGCUGCCCAGAGGCUUCAUCAAUGGCUUCCAAGCGCAAGGCAUCUUCUGUAAGCAUUAAAAGUCCAAAGAAAAAGAAGGAGGAACCAGCAGCAGAAGACAACUUCCACUUGACCAAAGAGGCACUUAAGUCUGCGCCCAAGGAGACACGAAAAGCUCGGGUGGACUCCUUGUGUCCACUUAGCAAUAACCCUAAUGUCCAGGUGUACGAGGACUAUGACUGUACCCUGAACCAGACCAACAUAGGAAAUAACAAUAAUAAAUUCUAUCUCAUCCAGCUGUUGGAUGAAGGUGGUCAAUACCAAUGCUGGAACCGCUGGGGUCGAGUGGGAGAGACCGGCCAGUCCAUGCUAAAAUCUUUCUCCUCCUUGGAUGACGCGAAGAAAGAUUUUGAGAAGAAGUUCCAGGAAAAAACCAAGAACAAAUGGACUGAUCGAGACAACUUUGUGGCCCACGAGGGCAAGUAUACUCUUAUUGAAGUGCAGGCUGAGGAUGCUGAGGAGGGCCAGGAAAGCAUGGUCAAGGUGGAUAGUGUGGAUAGCGCCCAAGCUGUUCAGCUGAUUGUCAAGCCGUGCACCCUAGAUCCAGCCACUCAGAGCCUGGUGGAGCUCAUCUUCAGCAAUGACAUGUUCAAAGAUGCAAUGAAGCUCAUGAAUCUUGAUGUCAAGAAGAUGCCCUUGGGGAAGCUGAGCAAGAAUCAGAUUGCCAAGGGCUUUGAGGCCUUGGAGGCCCUAGAGGAUGCCCUACAGAAAGGCGCAGAAGAAGGACAGUUGGAGAAGCUAUCCUCCCACUUCUACACAAUCAUCCCUCAUAACUUUGGCAGGGCCAAGCCCCAAAUCAUCUGCAAUCAGGAUAUCCUUCAGGCCAAGAAGGACAUGUUGUUGGUCCUGGCUGACAUUGAACUGGCCAAGGCCCUGCAGGCAUCAGGGGAAGAUGAAAAAAAGAAGAUGAAGGUGGAGGAAGUGCCUCACCCCCUGGACCAUGAUUAUAAGCUCUUGAGAUGCCAGCUGCAGCUGCUGCCAACUGACACCCAUGAGUACAAGCUGAUUCAGACCUACAUAGAGAAGACAGGCUUGCCUCAUCUCCGCAUUCUCCAUGUCUGGAAAGUGAAUCGAGAGGGGGAGGGAGAGCGGUUCCAGGCCCAUGCCCAGCUAGAGAACCGGCGGUUGCUGUGGCAUGGCACCAAUGUAGCGGUGGUGGCGGCUAUCCUCAAGAGUGGCCUCCGGAUCAUGCCCCACUCAGGCGGGCGUGUGGGGAAGGGGAUCUACUUUGCUUCUGAGAACAGCAAGUCAGCUGCUUAUGUGCGCUGCACGUCUCAAAGCAUCGGCCUCAUGUUCCUGAGUGAGGUGGCUCUGGGCCAGGAGCACCACAUUACCAGGGAUGACCCUUCCCUCAGGAAGCCGCCAUCAGGCUGUCACAGCAUCAUCGCCAGGGGCCACACGGAGCCUGAUCCCACCCAGGAUGUGGAGCUGGAGCUGGAAGGGCACAAGGUAAAGGUGCCCCAAGGCCCACCUGUGUCGCUGCCCAACUUCCAGGAGUCCUCAUUCUCCCAGAGCGAGUAUCUGAUCUACAAGGAGAGCCAGUGCCGGCUCCGCUACUUGCUGCAGCUGCAUUUCUGAGCUUCCCAACCUGGGGCCAAGGCGGGGGUCCUUCCGGCCCACUCCCAGCCCUGGUACAGGACCUGUGCCUUGCUUGCAAAGAAAAUAGGAGGAUUCCGGUCUCUUGGGCUGACCGCCUCUCUCUGCUUCUGGCUUCCCAUCUGCAGCCCUCCUCUCCCCUCGGUCCGGCUCUCCCUUUCUGGGGCAUCAGAAGAGGACGGAGCCUGGGCUCCGGGCAGCUGUGCCCCAGGGAUACAGGGGAGAUUCCUGGUUUAGGAAUCAAGCGCUUGGCUCCCAGUUCCACCUCCAUGACCGCCUGUAUGAACAUGUACACAUCAGCUCCCCUCCCAGAGCUUUGGUUUCCUUAUCUGUAAAGGGUGCGUGUGGGGGUAGUUAUGAAUUAAAAGCCUCUGAGUGCCACUCUCA